AUGGAGAAAGAAGAUAGAAGAAGAGCAAUCGAGAAAUUACAGAAGGAACUAAAUGAUGCCGAACAAAGGUGGAUGGAGAAAGUUCGAAAGGUCGUCAAUGAACGGGAAGAACUCGCCAGAAAGGUUGAUGAGUUUGAAGAAAAAAUCGACAGCUUGAAAAGACAGGUUCAUAGAUCGGAAACUUAUAAAAUGGAAUUCGAAGAAACAAAUCAGCGUUUACGGAAACAGUAUGAAGCAUUACAGCGGGAUUAUGAAGAUACUAUGCAAGAACGAAGUAUAGUCCUUGAGGAGAAUGCACGUCUUAUUGAGGAACGAGACAAGCUUCAAAUUGAGAUAUUGAGGCUCAAUGAAAACUAUAAGCAUCUAGAGUCAGAGAAACUGAAUGAGCUUAAAAAGAAGCUCGAUCAAACUAGAAAACUGCUUCAAGUAAAUAUGGAGGAAACUGUAACGAUCAAUGCUCAAAAAGACGCAGCAUUAGCAAAAAUCGCUGAAAUUGAAGAAAAAGGAGAAAUCUUAGCAGAGGAACGAGAUGAAGCACUCCGAAAAUGCCAACAAUCAAGUAAUGAGGCUCUAGUAGAUAUUUGGAACACACAUUCUGUACAAAUUAGUCUGCCGUUUCCCAAGCCAAAUCUUGGACUAGUUCUGGGUGGAGGGCGUACUGAUGAUGGAACAGUUCACGGGCCAAUUUACGUAAAGCAUAUUGCGCUGGUUGUCCGUAGACGAUCAAAUUUCAAUCGCAUAAUAGAUGUUUGCCUUCCUCUGAAUCACGGAGUUGGGUUAGAGCUUGCAAAUGGAGUUUUCGUAAAUUCAUGCGAGCCGAAUGGAGCUGCAAGCCGCAGUGGAUUAGCUCCUGGACAAAGGAUUGUCCAUGUCAUGUACACGCCUGUUUAUGAUGCAAAACAUGCAGAAAUGUUGAUAAAAAAUGCUUGUGAGCCAUUGGUUAUCGGAAUACUUCAGUCUAAUAAGAAAUACGACAUUACUAGUAAAGAUAAACAGCGGACGACCAUAUUUUCAAGGUGGUUUGGCCGUAGUGUAGAUAAGGAACGGAACGUAAUAGCUAAAGCAAACAUUGAGCGAAAUAAUAAUGAUUCUUCACUAUUUCGUCAAGGAUCUUUGCGUAUUCCCCAAACUAAUCCUCUAGUUUCCCCUCUUGUAAGAUAUGGAUCACUUAGAGCACCAAACUACUCGAACGUCAUUGAUCAAAAGAAAUUAUUGAUGGAAUCAAUCGAAAGUCCCAAUAAGAAAUACAAUGCUUAUUCAACAACACACUCAGAAGUUGCGGUGAAUCCUUAUUACGGAUCUUCAUCAGCUCAUAAAGACCAUUUGGUUUACACUGGAUCGAACGUCGAAAGUAUUCCUUGUUAUGUUCCAAAAAACAGUGUGUUCAGUUCUCCAACGUCUCCUGUAUCACGUUUCAUACGACAGAAUAGUGAUCUAAAAUGUAAAGCGACAAAUUCCUCUCGUUGCGUUGGAUGGGAUGGGAGAAGUUUUUCGUCUGCAACUACAGCAACUUCUGAAAUCGGCCGACCGUAUUCAAUGCAUUGUACACCCAAGUCUUCAACACUUCUAGAGACACAACCGAAUCGUCAGUCGGUUUACAGCCCCACACAAGUAUAUCAAUUAAAUCGUGAAGAUUCACUGUCAUCUGUGAUGUCUUCGAGUAAUUCUUUUCGAUUGCCAUCAGCAUCCUACUACAUUAACAAUUCCGAAUGCAACCUUAAGAAGGAAGGUAAUCAGCAUAAAAUUGAUAAAGAAGAUAGCGACAUCUCGCUAUCGCUAGAUGCUUCUACUUCAAAAGUCAAUACAUCUUCUCAUGUGGAUAAUCUACGCUCAAAGCGACCAUUAGAUCCAUCAAGAACCCCUAACUAUAGAAAUAGUCAUCAUGAUGAGGUUGCCAUUCUUGUGAAUCGACCCCCGCAACCUCGUCUUAUUGGCGUUCCUCGAUUUUGUGUACGUCUUUGUGGAGGAAACGCAAUUGGCAUUAUCGCUGAAACAAGUGUAGCUCCUGAUCUACUUGAGGGAGAUCUCAUUUUGGAAAUUGAUGGGAAAUGUGUGCGAAACACUACAUUAGAAAGCGCUGUUACCACGUUGAUGUCCGAUGAUGACGACAUUACGCGAUUGCUUGUUCAAGAUGGCGGAGAUCGUUUGAAUCGUUUACGUCUUGGUGCCGAUGGAGACUCUUUCUUCCUUAGAGUGAACAUUGAUCGAAAUGUUGAAAACAAGGACGAAUUAGAACUUAAAGCUGGAGAUGUUGUAUUUGUUGAUAAAACAAUGUAUCUGGGAAAAAAAGGUCGAUGGAGAGCAUGGAAAGUGGACAAAGAAGGCAGACAACGAGAACAUGGAGCAAUUCCUUCCUCGUCAUCUGUAUAUCAAAGCAUUCGAACGAAUCGAAUGUCAAAUCCUUAUCCCAGAAAAGCAUAUGAAUGGGUGGAAAAACUUGACACCAAGAUAAAAAGACCAAUAUUGUUGUUUGGAGCGCUCCUAGAACCAUUUGUCCAAAUGUUAACGGAAGAAAGUGACAAGUUUGCGCUUCCUCCUACUGAAUCAAUUAAUGCUUCAUUUGAUGAAAUUACUUCACUUAUUCGUGAGCACGUUAUAAUAGACUCGAAGCAAAACGAUGAAAAUGACCAAUUACACCAUGUGAUAUUCGCGUCCCAAAUUCGCGACAUUACUACUCAAGGUCUUCAUUGCGUACUUCAUGUCGAUCCCGUAGCAAUAGAGCGUCUACGCCAGUGUGGAAUUUAUCCCAUCAUUAUUAAAAUUCGCUUCAAAAGUGCUAAACAACUUAAAGAUAUCAAUGAGCAUGUUUGUGGUGAAAAAAUAACAUCAAAAGAAGGAAAACAGCUUAUUGAAAAAGAUUUGAAGCUCGAAAAAGAGAUUGAUGGAGCUGUUACGUUGGUUGUACCAAGUCAUAACAGCGCAACCUUCAUGCUUUCUCAUUCACUAUUGCAGUUAUUACAGCUUAAAAAGAUGAUUGAAGAUGAGCAGAAAAAAACGGUAUGGAUUCAAAGAAAAACUGAUAACGAUAAAUACUGA